UGAAACGGUUAAAAUAAACAGUUUGUGAGUAGUGCAGUUGGCGCCCAUGUUCACAUUUGAAUUUCUGCUCAGCCAAAAAGAAAAAGUUCUUCAUAUUUCUUCGAUAUAUUUUCGCAAAUACUAAACAGAUAUUUAAAUUAAUGCCCUUGCCAGUCGGUACGCACAUUUCCUCUUCGACAUUCCGCUCGCCGGGGUCAGUUGUCAAUUUGAAAAGUCGUGUGACGAAUGCCAAUGAAAGCGAAUGAAACCUUAGAAAUUAAUUUAUCACACUUUGCUGCAAAGCAUCACAAUCGUCGCGAUAACUCUGUCGUAUGCUUAUUGGUUUUUACACGGCGACCAGUAAAAAAUAAUUCCCUCCGUUCUGCAUUUUACGAUAAUCCAAUCAAGUUCACCUCCUCAAUGCCCAAUGCCCGGCCAGAAAUGAGCAACCAGCUCAAAUGACAUGGACUGCAGAGCGAUGUGUCGUGGGCGAAUCGUAUUGAUAAAUCAAAAAGUAGUGUGUGUUCAUAAUGCAAAGCCUAACUAGGAAAUCGGUAGAGUAUAAAUUCCUGAUUGCCGUAGCAAUCUACCUGCAAGCGCUGGAGCAAUCGAUCCGGCCCUGCCACUGUGUUCAUGGUUUCAGAAACAAUACGGAGAGCGCCGAAUUAGUGUCCCACUACGAGUCGAGUCUCUCGCUUCCGGACAUCCUGCCAAUACCCUCAAAGACCUACGACAAGAACCGGGCGCCCAAACUACUGGGUCAGCCCACUGUCGUCUAUUUCCAUGUCACGGUGCUAUCGCUGGAUUCCAUUAACGAGGAGUCCAUGACCUAUGUGACGGAUAUAUUCCUAGCACAAAGCUGGCGGGAUCCUCGCCUGCGACUGCCCGAGAACAUGAGCGAGCAGUACCGCAUCCUCGACGUGGACUGGCUGCACAGCAUCUGGCGGCCGGACUGCUUCUUCAAGAAUGCCAAGAAGGUCACCUUCCACGAGAUGAGCAUCCCGAAUCACUAUCUCUGGUUGUAUCACGACAAAACACUGCUCUACAUGUCCAAGCUCACACUGGUGCUAUCGUGUGCCAUGAAGUUCGAGUCCUAUCCCCACGACACCCAAAUCUGUUCCAUGAUGAUUGAGAGUUUAUCCCAUACGGUGGAGGAUCUAGUUUUCAUUUGGAACAUGACCGAUCCGCUUGUGGUCAAUGCGGAGAUUGAGCUGCCGCAGUUGGAUAUAUCGAACAAUUACACAACCGAUUGUACCAUAGAGUACUCCACGGGAAACUUCACCUGCCUGGCAAUUGUGUUCAACCUGCGACGUCGCCUGGGCUACCAUCUGUUCCACACCUACAUCCCCUCGGCUCUGAUCGUGGUCAUGUCAUGGAUAUCGUUUUGGAUCAAGCCGGAGGCCAUACCGGCCCGUGUCACCUUGGGAGUGACUUCGCUGCUGACCCUUGCCACCCAGAACACCCAAUCGCAGCAGUCCCUGCCACCGGUCUCCUAUGUGAAGGCGAUAGAUGUCUGGAUGUCGUCCUGUUCGGUGUUCGUCUUUCUGUCGCUGAUGGAGUUCGCCGUGGUUAACAACUACAUGGGACCGGUGGCCACCAAGGCGAUGAAGGGAUACUCCGACGAGAACAUCAGCGAUCUGGACGAUCUGAAGGCCGCUCUGCAGCACCAUCGGGAGUCGAUAAUCGAGCCGCAGUACGAUACUUUCUGCCACGGACAUGCCACAGCCAUUUAUAUAGACAAGUUCUCGCGAUUUUUCUUCCCGUUCUCGUUCUUCAUACUCAACAUUGUCUACUGGACAACGUUCCUAUGAUGGCCAGGAUGGACGGGUCUAAGGAUAAGGAUAUCCUUUAAGGAUAAUAACAAUAGCAAUGAAAACCAAGGGCGCAUUUGUUUAAAUAUGUAUAUUAUCGUUUGUAAGCCACAAAUAAUUGCAUUAAACGUAUGUAUUAUAUUGAUUACCAUGUAGUGUGUAUAAAUAAAGGAAAGCGUGGAUUAAUAGGGUUUUAGUUUAAACUUUAAAGGAAGCAACCGAGAAAUGCAUUUUCAUUGCGCAACAAAGGUGGAAUAAUCUUUGGUACAUUUACUAUAAUCCUAUAUAGUUCUGUAUGCGUAAGGAUAUAUGUAUAUAUUUAUAUAUAUAUAUAUAUAUAUGUAUAUAAAAAAAAAUAUGUAUAUAAAAAGUUAGCGGGCGUGGCUUCAUCUCAUCUCAUCUCGCUUUCAUACAUAUUAUUGUUAAUUUAUCAUAUAGUCGGAUUUUGUUUGUUUUCAUAUAUAAUCACAUCGUUUUAUAGUUUCUUUACAUUCACAUUUACAGAGUGGAUUUCAUUCAUUAACUAACGUGUUUGCUUGUUGCUUGGCAUAAUUGUUGCUACAUCUAAGAUAAUGAUAGUGGUUGCUUGCUAUGAUUUCUCAAAUCAAAUCAACUAAGGAAACGCUAAGGUAUGCAAUAGGUUCUUUUUCUUUAGCUACGAUAUGAUACACAAAGCCACAGAUUCAUAUUAAUACAUAUUAGUAUAAAGAUACUGGUUUUUACUACAACAAAACUUUUUGGAUGGGGGAGGGGGCGUAUAGAAAAGUAUGGAAAGGAAA